UUUUUGGUUUUUUCGAAGUCCUCACCAGAGAACUCAAUCUGAACCGUCGAUUUAAUUCCCCCCAUCAAACCACAUCCAACGGUCAGAUUCAUCCCCAAAAGGCAGUUUUAUUUACCUUCCUUACCCUCAUCUUCUCUCCCAAAAUCCGCAAAACCUAAAAGAACGAAGAGAGACAAUAGAGAAAAAGUAGCGACGAACAUGGAAAGAGAGCAACAAGUUUACUUGGCAAGGCUUGCUGAGCAAGCUGAACGAUAUGACGAAAUGGUCGAGGCCAUGAAGAAUGUUGCCAAGUUGGAUGUUGAACUGACUGUGGAAGAGAGGAAUCUGUUAUCUGUGGGGUAUAAGAAUGUGAUUGGAGCAAGAAGGGCAUCAUGGCGGAUACUGUCUUCAAUUGAACAGAAGGAGGAAGCUAAGGGUAAUGAACAAAAUGUGAAGAGGAUAAAGGAGUAUCGGCAGAGGGUUGAAGAUGAGCUUUCAAAGAUCUGUGAUGAUAUACUAUCCGUCAUUGAUAAGCAUCUCAUUCCAUCUUCCUCGACAGGGGAAUCAACUGUUUUCUAUUACAAGAUGAAAGGAGAUUAUUUUCGUUAUUUGGCAGAAUUUAAAGCAGGAGAUGAUCGUAAAGAAGCUGCUGACCAGUCACUUAAGGCUUACGAGGCUGCCACCACCACUGCAAAUUCAGAUUUGCCUCCAACUCACCCAAUUAGACUUGGCCUGGCUUUAAACUUCUCUGUUUUCUACUAUGAGAUAUUAAAUUCUGCUGAGAGGGCUUGCCAUCUGGCUAAACAAGCUUUUGAUGAGGCUAUUGCUGAGCUUGAUAGCCUUAAUGAAGAAUCUUACAAGGAUAGCACCCUAAUUAUGCAGCUUCUCAGGGAUAAUCUCACCUUGUGGACCUCAGAUCUGCCGGAGGAAGGAGGUGAGCAAUCGAAAGUAGAUGAGCCUCAGGCAGAGAGUUAAUUCGAUGGAAGAGCAUUGUUCUAAAGACUGGUUUGUCGAGUUUUUGUGUUGUCUUUUAGCGAUGUGUGAUUCUUUGCUUUCACUUCAAUCACCCAGUUGUGCUUGAGCCUUUGCUUGGAAUUUGGGCCAUAGCAUGAAGGUCCAGUUUUUCUUUUUAAUGCUGCUUCCUAGAGUGUGGGAGUUGGUUUAUUUAUGCAUCCAGAACGAAGUCUUCAGGAAAUCCUUACUUAGAUCUCAAACCCAUGGUAUCUAAGGGAGAGGCAAGUUCCAAAUCCAAUAUUGUAGUUACUCUUUAGCCAAUUGUUGCUAAAACAAAACUUCUCUCAUCAAAUUGAUGCGGGCUGGGUGAAAUUUUAUAUAAAUAUUCCGACCCUUUUAUCAACAA